AUGUUAAAUGAUAAUAAUUUAACAAUUGAUAUUGAAAAUAUUUACGGUGUUGGUUCAUUUCGUCAAUGUUGUGGAUUUCCAUCGAUUGUUCGAAAUGAUACCGUUGAAUCAUCUGAUUAUAUUUAUGAGUCAGCAUUGAAUGGAUGCAUACAAAUUUAUAAUUAUUCAAAAAAUGAACGUAUAAAAUUUUUUCAAGCAUCACAUGAUAUUAUUGUUCUUCUACUAUAUAAUAAAAAACUAAAAAAAAUAUUGGGAUGUUCUUAUUCUGGAAAAAUGAUUGUUUGGAAUGAAAAUUAUGAAAAAUUAAUUGAAUAUCAAACGCGAAUUAAUCAUGUACAUUAUGGAGCAUGGACAACAAAUGGUCAAUUAAUUUAUUUAUGUUCAAGAUUUGAUGGUACAAUUAUAUCAUUAGAAUAUCAACAAACAGAAAAUUGUUUAAAAGAAAAUUGGCUACGUCAUUGGUCAAAUAAAAAUGAAGAAAUUCAUCCAUUUGUUGAACAUUCAACUCAUUUAACUCCACAAAUUGUUGAUCAAGUUGAAACAAGUAAUACUUAUGUUGCUGGUUCAAUUGGUUACGAGUGUGUAAUAUGUACAAAUGAUCAACGUUUAUGGGCUAUUUUACAACGUCCUCAACAACAUGUGAAAGUACAUCAAUUAAACGCAUUAAAUGGUCAGUUAGAAAAAGAAUUGGAAUUAGAAUCUAUUAAUACAAAACAAAUAUAUUUAUGUUCAACGGUAAACAUAAUCACCAUUGAAAAUUAUUACGAUAGAAAUACGUUUUCCUCACAAUUUAAUGUUGAUUUAAAUUCAAUUGUAUCAACAGAAACAAAUUAUGGAGAAUUUUUUGCUAUUGGUUUACAGUCCGGAUUAAUAUUUAUUAUUGAUGCUGGUCAUUUAAAAAUUCAUUCGAUAAUUCAUGCAAAAGGAGCACCACAAGCAUUGAUAUGGUAUAAAAAUGAUUUAUUAACAGUAGGUUAUAUAUCGGGAAUAAUUAAUUUAUGGAAUUUAAAUGGACAAUUAUUGGCAGAUGGAAAUGGUGCACCGACAAGUGCCGUUUGCCAUUUACAAUGGGAAAAUGAAAAAAAUAAUUUACUAUGGAUUGGAGGAUAUAUGGGUUUGACGUUAGUCAAAAUUGAACAGGAAAAAGAAAUUGAUAAAGUAAUAAUUUCAAAUGAUAAUCUCAUAUUUAAUGUGAAUACAAGUACAAAUUCUGAUUUAUUAUCAACAUCAUUAAAAUAUAAAUUAAUAAUAACAACAUUAAUUACAAAAUCUUAUCAUGAACUAGCUGGUUGUGGUUUAUCUUAUUUAUCAUCAUCUAAUAGUAUAAUAUCGGGUGAUUUAAGUGGAAAUAUAUAUCAUUGGUCAUUCGAUUCUUCUGAACCUCAAAAACAUUCAAUAAUUUCAGAUAGUAUUCGAUGUCUAUCAUCAAUUAAAAAUACAAAUAUUAUAUUUAUUGGUACAUUAUCUGGUAAUUUAUAUAUUUCCGAUAUUAAUUAUCCAAAUGAUUUCAAAUUAGUAUAUGAUUUUAAAACUACUGUUAUUUGUAUGACAUGGAAUAGUCAUUUUACACAAUGUUUAAUUGGAUUAGCCAGUGGUCGUUUAGUACUUAUGUUGUAUGAACAACAAAUUCAACAAUUAUGUUCACAUUUAAUAACAUCACUUAUGAUUCCAUUAUCUCAAGAUAAAAUAAUUCAUAUUCAAUUUUUAGAAACUAUAGUUAAUCAUUGUCUUGAAAAUGAAAAAUCAGAUAUAUGUAUUUCUAAAACUAUUGAUAAUUAUCGUCCUGCUGAAAUAUGGAGUAUAUGUUAUAGUCCAAAUGAAUUAUAUUGUGCAACAAGUUCAGAAGAUCAAACAACAGCCAUAUGGAAAAUAGAUGAUCUAAUUAAUUCUUAUUCUUAUCAAUUAUCAAAUUUAAAUCUUUCAAAAGCAAUUUUAAUGGGUCAUACAACAGCUGUAACAAGUUGUUCAUGGAAAAUAUUUUUAUCUUUAAAUAAAUAUCGUAUAUUAACGUGUGCUGAUGAUCGUACUAUUCGACUUUAUAACGGAUUAGAAACAGAUGAAAAAAAAGAUUAUUAUUUUAUUCAAAUGAUUAAAACACCAUCAACUGUUUUUGGAUGGUUUACUCUUACAUAUAUUCAAAUAGAUUCUGAAAAAAAUUUAAUACUAUGUGUUACACAAAAUGGUUAUCUUAUUAUAUGGAAAUUAUUUAUGGAUGAUAAAGAUAAUGAAAAUGAUAUAUCAAAAGUUCAAUUAUAUUUUUGUUCAAAAAUACAUUUUGGCUCAUUAGAAGGUCUCUGUUAUGAUAAUAAUGAACAACGAUUAGCAACAAUUGGAAGUGAUUGUACAGUAACAAUUCUUAAAUUAAAAUUGACAUGUUAA